UUUAUUUUUUAUUUUAUUUUUUUUUUAAAUUUUUUGCUCUCUUGUUUCAAAAAAAGGUGGUAACAAUCCCACUUUUCUCUACUGACAACAUUUUUUUAAACAUACCUCUGUUCUUCUUGGUUUCAGUGAACUUUUAUUAUUCACGAAGGUCAUUUCACAGUUUCAUAUAAAUCAUAAUAGAAUAUCCGAUGGUGAAAAGACAGCAAGAGUUAUCGCCAAGGACAAAGCGUCAAAGAACCGGAUCUCAAAGUGAUUUUAUUCACAAUUAUGAAUCGACAGCUGCCGACACAUGGAUCGCUUGUGGUAAUUGUGCCAAUACAUUGGGCCUCAUAGUUCCAGCAAUUAAAGCGUUCGAAAGAGCAGUGAAUCAUGAUCCAUCUAGCUUAAAAGCGUUAUGUGGUUUAAGUUACUCGUUGAGAUUAAAUGAUAUUAACUUGAAUGAAACAGUUGGUUCCCAGAAUUCCAUAGAAAGAUUAAAUAAAUCAUUGGAACUUUAUCCAGAAUUAUUAAAAGAUUCAUCAAUUUUUAAAGAAUUGGCCGAAUGUUAUUUGUUAAUAGGUCUCAAUGAUCAAGCACACCAAUCAAUUCAGACCGCUAUACAAUUAUCUCAAAAUGAUGCAUCACUUUGGUUGUUAAGCGCCCAAACAUUAAUUCGUGUAGGUGCAAGAAAUCAUGCUGCUGGAUCUUUAACACAUUGUUUAUCCAUAUUACCAGAGUCGUUAUCUCCUGCCGAUGUUGAAACUGCCAGAGCGGCUCAUGCCGAGUUAGCUGCCAUUGCCGCCGCCGAUGGAAGUAUUGAAUUAUCAAUAGCUGAAUUGACAGCCACUUUAUCUUUACCACCACCUCCAUUAUCAAGAAUUGAUGAGCACAUUGCCUUAUGGUGUGCAUUGUCAACAGCAAAAGAAAGAGCAAACGAUAUUCCUGGUGCCAUUCAAGCUUGUGAAAAUGCAGAAAAGGCUGUUGGCAAUUCUCCAAGAAUUUUAAUGACACAUUCAUAUUUGUUGCUUUUGAAUCAAAAUAAAGGUGAUGCAGAUCUCGCUAUUGAAUUAUUAAGUAAGAUAAUUGAUCUUGAAAAAGAAAAAGAAAAGGAUGCUAAUACUGAUCAACCAAACAACGACGGUGAUUUCUUACCAUGGUAUUUAUUAGGUAAAGCUUACUCCUUAGUAGAUCAACCAAGAUUAGCUUAUGAUUCUUACCAAGUAGCAUUAAGAAGGGCAUCAAACUCGCCAAUUACAUGGUUGGCAGUAGGGAAGUUGUAUUUGGAGUUAAAGCAAUUACCAGAUGCUUUAGCAGCAUAUUCUCAAGCCCUCAGAUUACAAAUAGAUGAAGCAUCCCCUGGAACAGCAACUGCUUGGGAUGGUUUAAGUUGUGUUUAUGAAAGAUGUGAUGAGCAAUUACUGGAUGCAGCAGACGCUUGUAGUAGAUCUGCUUCAUGCUUCAGAGCAAUAAGUGAUACAAAGAAUGCUGCAUUUUUUGAAGAAAGAGCUACCGCAUUGUCUAAAGCAUUCAAGAAAGAAGGUCCAAUCCCUGCAUUAAGAGAUCCUCCAGAUGUCCCAAGCUUCUUUUUAAGAGAUCUUGUAGCUUUACUUCCAUCAGAAAGAAUUGCAUUUAUUCAAGGAUCCUCACAAACACAACCACUGGCUCAAGAAGCUCAACAGCAAGCCCAACAACAACAACAACAACAACUUCAAUCGCAUGAUCUUCAACAAACUCCACAACAACGUACUCCAGUUCCUCCACAUCAUAGUCCCGCAGUUCAAAUAAUUCAACCCCACCAAACACCACAACAAGUCCCUGUUCAAGCUUUUGGCCAACAUACUCCAUUUUAUGGUCCACAGUCGUUUAAACAAGAGCAAAAAUCACCACAUCAACUCCCACCUCAAUUACCUCCACCACAUGCACAACAGGCUUGGUCUCCAAAUCAACAGCCACAAUAUUUCUACCAAGCUCCAAUGCCGCUUCAACCUCAAGUGGUAGCACAACCUCCUCAACGUUCUCCAAUGACUCAUCAACAGGUUAUCCAAGGAGGUGGAGCUGCCCAAGCAUAUGCUGUUGCUCAACCACCACCACCAGGAUAUGCUUAUGGUCAAUAUGUACCAGUUCAAGGAGGAGUAAUCCAACAACAAUAUGCUGCACCUGUUAAUAAUUGGAGAAGAUAGUGUAUUAUUAUUAUUAUUUUUAACAACUUCAUUA